AUGCGCUAUGUCACCUCCUACCUGCUGGCUGCCCUUGGGGGCAACACAUCAUCCAGCACCCAGGACAUCAGGAAGAUCCUGGACAGUGUGGGCAUCGAGGCGGACAACGAGAGGCUCAACAAGGUCAUCAGUGAGCUCAAUGGCAAGAACAUCGAGGAUGUGAUCGCCCAGGGCAUCGGCAAACUGGCCAGUGUGCCCGCUGGUGGGGCUGUGGCCAUGUCAGCUGCCCCGGGAUCCGUGACCCCAGCUGCCAGUGUGGCCCCUGCAGCAGCGGAAGAGAAGGAGAAAAAGGAAGCGUUAGAGGAGUCAGACGACGACAUGGGGUUCGGCAGGUUUGACUAG